CCCGGCGCCACAGUCUCUCUCUCUCUCUCCGUAUGUACGGAGCCGGCUGAAGUCAGCUGAAGCAUAGUUCGGCUCAACUCGUUCCUUUCUUCCUUCUCUUUUAAAGCGUCUAGUAGUACAUCUACCGCUUGUGGCAUCUACACUCUUAGAAAAUGGUACUUGCAGAUACAAAUUUGACAAAUCUACUUCGAGACCAACAGCAGCAGCAGCAGCAGCAGCAGCAGCAGCAGCGGCAGGAGCGGCAGGAACAACAGGAACAACGGCAACAGCAACAGCAAGAACGCCGAGAUGAACGAGAAGAGCGAGAAUAUCAACGGCAACAGUAUCAAAGUAGAUGUCGAUACGAGAACAAUAGGCCAUUACCGAAAGAACGAACGGAGCGACGAUGCACAUCUAUCGAAAAUGGAAACCCCCAAGAAAUAUUCGUAACGAAUUUAGUGGAUGGAGAAAAUUUAUGUUACAGUUUAGCUCUUAUACGAGGUCGUGCGCCGAGCGCAUGCACCUUCGUCAGCGUACGAAAUCAAAAAAGGCAAAGUUCCGAAUGGCCAAUCGUUGCUGGUGAAUUUCGUGCCGUAGUAGAAUUAAUGCGGGGUCGAAAUAAAUUGGAAUUUGACGCAGCCGGCCAGAAAAAGACGCUCUUUUUGAUCCACGAACCGAGAACUACGCGAUUACGCGUAACACCCGUUUACGUGAUCUGUUCUGGCCACGAUGGAUAUUUCCAGGGUCCACGGAGUGAGGAUCGGUCGCCGGAAAGUGCCGCGACAAGAAUAGGUCUAGGUGCUCGACUGUUGCAAACUCUGACCGCCGAAAAAUUACGAGAAGCAGGGUACGGAAGGAAAACGUUUCAAUUGGAACGAGAUUUGGAUGGAGCCGAGUGUCUGGUAAUGCAUAGUACGCUCAAUGUUGAUCGAGCACGCGCUAUGAAUCAACGAGGACUUUGGGAAUUGAUCGCUCGAGAAUUAAUGACCGGUCCUCUAGCGUCGAAAGAUCGGAAAUACCUCGCAUUUCUGUCUUGCACGAGAUAUCGUGGCGCACCGAAUCCACGCACUCACGAGGACACCCUUGCCAGGACGCAAGGCCAUGUCGCGCUCGGCGGUGGAGGAUUAGCAUUGUUCGGCUCGGCCUGUCUGCACACCUGGCCCACCUGUAUGGCUCAGAUAUUGCCUAGAUUCCUUGACGCAACCAUCGUCGAUACGGAACAAUUGAUGGACGACAGUAAUUAUCGUGGUACGCACGGCGGAUGCCUCGCUACCACUCUUGGCUCGGUUCUCCACGAAUUGGGUCACACGUUUGAUCUUGGCCAUACUCGCGAGGGCAUAAUGGGCCGCGGAUUCGAUUACGUCGAUCGUGUGUUUGUCGGGGCUGCUGGAAUCGAUUGUAAUCGUAAUCCCGUUGUGCGACGAGAUCCUCAGCACACUACGAUCGCAUUGACCAGACCGCUCAGCGUCACCGUUACCGUACAAGAAUCCUUUGCUCUUUUAAACGCUCCUCGAAGAAGUCGUCUACAUUCUGAAACAUCUCGACCUUCCUCUUCUUCUUAUUCUUCUCAAAGUCCACCACGCCCGCUUGGACGAUUAUCCGCGCCCGCUAGCCCAGAACUCAACAGAUCCUUCUCCAACAGUCUCUUACAACCUACACUCGAACAAACGGCCAGCUAUUUAGAAAUAGAUCGAACCUUUUGGACACCUUCUUGCGCCGCCUUUCUUGCCUAUCACCGAUGGUUCAACAACCAGACGGACAACAUUUUUACUCGGCCUUUUCAUGACAUUGAAUACGAUGGGAAAAGGAACGUGGUAAGAUCGCGUUUCGGAGUACGAGUAAUAGAACUCAGGGAAACAUCGGGUGGAAUGGUAGUUGGUUCCCGACAAUUUCCAGGUUCUCGUCCACCCUUGGAAGCAUUAGUCCCACCGACUCCACCCCACUGUAUCGCUGCUUUAACUCUCGUCGCUGAAGAUUCAACUGGCAACGUACUCAAACAUCCUCUUCCAACAGCAUUUUAAAUAUUCAUCACGAUCCUUGAAAUUUUGCCAACAUUUUUUAUUACCAUCUUUAACGCUUCAAGCAUUAACGUAUAUUCUUUCUUUAACUGUCGAUAUAUCACUAAUACCGUUAAGUUAUUCUGUUAAAUGCGUUACACUCGCGAACAUAAAUAGCUCAAAUUUGAUCAGCUCUCGCCAAAACUAUUCUAGUAGAACUUUCAUUACUAAACCCUAAAAGUAUUGGAUUCUAAGUUAGUCGUUUCUAAUGCUAACAUACCGGAGUGAAUGAACAAAAAUGCAACAGUGAUGAUAAAAUACAUAUAAGUGUAAGAGUGUAUGAUAUAUAUAUAUAUAUACAUAUAUGCCUUACAUCCAUUUUUCAUGCAUAUUGGUAAAACGUUGCAACUGUAUAGGAAUUUUAUACGACGCCGUUAAUCGUAUAUUUUAAUAAUAAUUACUGUAGUACCUUUUGUAAA